UCCCUCUCUCUUUCUUUUUCUUUCUUUCUUGUUUCCUCUCAUUUCACUCAAUCCUCCCUUGAGGACAAAGUACACCUCUUUCUCUCUCUCCACCUCUUCUCUGGAUCUUGAACAAGUCUCAGAGACUCACAGUUUCAUAUAUAAAUGCAGAUAUUGAGAGAGAGCUAUAUGGGGAAUAAGCCUUCCUUGCCCUCUUUUUAGUCUCUCUGUGUCUUCGUUCAAUUUGCAGGCAUUUAAAAGAGUUUAAAGAUCAAUAAUUUGGAAACGGUUCUUGGGUUUUGGUGGGUUUUGAUUCUUUUAAGUUAGAGACUUGUAAGGAUGUUUGGUUGUGACUGUUUUUACUGGAGCCAAAUUACUGAGUUCUGCUUUUCCGAUCAUCAACCUUUCUCUUUGCCUGCUCAAAUUCCACAGUGGCCUCAAGGUCAAGGAUUUGCUACUGAAAGAAUAAAUCUAGGAGAACUAGAAGUCAUCAAAAUUACCCAAUUCGAAAGUGUUUGGAGCUGCAGCCUCUUGCAUGGAAAAAAGAAUGGAGCCACAUUUUAUAGACCUGUUGGUAUCCCUGAUGGUUUUUAUUGCCUUGGCCAUUACUGUCAGUCCAAUGACCGACCAUUGAGAGGCUACGUUCUUGUGGCUUGUGAUGCCAACACCCAAAGGCCUGAAGUUGGCCACCUUAGUCGCCCAAAAUCAGUCCCACCAGCUCUAAGACAGCCCCUUAACUACUCAUUGGUUUGGAGUACUAAUUCACAUGAUGAUGGUGUUGGUUAUUUUUGGCUGCCAAACCCCCCAACUGGUUAUAAGGCUAUGGGUGUUGUGGUCACUAACAAGCCAGAGGAACCUAGUGUUGACGAAGUGAGAUGUGUUCGAGCAGAUCUUACUGAAAAAUGUGAAACUUGUGAUCUAAUAAUUUCUUCAGAUUCAAAAACUUUCGAGAACCGAUUUCAGGUAUGGAACACAAGACCCUGCAAAAGGGGAAUGUUGUGUAAAGGUGUUUCUAUAGGGACAUUCUACUGUGGGACCUACUUGAAUUCUGAUGAUGACCUGCUAGACGUUGCAUGCUUAAAGAAUCUUGACAGCACCCUACACGCUAUGCCAAAUCUCGACCAAAUUCAUGCACUCAUUGAACACUAUGGCCCUGCUGUGUUCUUCCAUCCUGAUGAAGAUUACUUGCCAUCGUCAGUGCAGUGGUUCUUCAAGAAUGGAGCUCUUCUGUACCAAGAAGGCAAGGAUCAGGGUGAACAGAUUGACUAUAGGGCCUCGAACUUGCCUAUUGGAGGUCAAAAUGAUGGGGAAUAUUGGAUUGAUUUGCCAAAUGAUGAUGAUGCAAGAAAUAAUAUCAAAAGAGGAGAUUUAGAGAGCGCUGAGCUUUAUGUUCAUGUGAAACCAGCACUUGGAGGAACUUUUACUGAUAUUGCAAUGUGGGUAUUUUGUCCCUUCAAUGGACCUGCCACCCUUAAAGUUGGGUUAAUGAGUUUUCCUAUGACCAAGAUUGGGCAACAUGUGGGUGACUGGGAGCACUUCACACUUCGUAUAAGCAACUUCACAGGAGAAUUAUGGCAAGUCUUCUUCUCAGAGCACAGUGGCGGCCGAUGGGUGGAUGCUUCUGAUUUGGAGUUCAUUGAAGGUAAUAGGCCAAUUGUUUAUUCGUCUAAACAUGGUCAUGCAAGUUACCCUCACCCUGGUACUUACCUUCAAGGAUCAACAAAGCUUGGAAUUGGAGUUAGAAAUGAUGUUGCUCGAAGCAAAUAUUAUGUAGAUUCAAGCAAAAAGUAUCAGCUUGUUGCAGCUGAAUAUCUUGGCGAUGGAAUUGUCACAGAGCCACAUUGGUUGCAGUUUAUGAGAGAAUGGGGUCCAACCAUUAUAUACGAUUCGAGAUCUGAAGUAGAUAAGAUUAUUAAUCACCUUCCAUUCUUUGUUAGAUUUUCAGUGGAGAACAUCUUUGACCUGUUUCCAACAGAGCUUUACGGCGAGGAGGGACCAACUGGACCGAAGGAAAAAGAUAACUGGUUGGGAGAUGAAAUAUGCUAGUUUUGCUGUACGCAAAUUCACAUUUUGCUUAUUACUUCGCCAAUUUAUCUGUCUGGGAAUGUAGUUAGACAGUUCGGCAAAAGUAUGGUUUCUGCGGUUGGAUUUAGAUCAACAUCUAUAGAGUGUUGUUGCAUGAUGUGAACUUGCUGUGAAGAGAAUGCAUUGCCUUGUGUUCACAAGAAGCAGGCAAUUCUGCAGACUACAGAGGACAGUUCACAUUAUUCUUCACAGAGAUCAACAGCAUUGUUUACCAACAUUUGCUGAUGUUAUUUUAUUGCACCAUUUGAAAUCUAUACUGAAAUGUCUGCAAUUGUAAUUGGGGGACAAGGAUUGAUUGGAGCUUAUGUGUACCAAUAUAGUGAUGCUUGUUCAUGGAGUGGUAAUUUUUUUUUUUUAUAAAUAUAAAAAAUUAAGCUUGAAGAAGUAUGAA